GUAGCACAUCCACAAGACACAGAGGACGCAGAAGUAGAAAGACUGGAAUCCAUCAAGAGGAUUCUGUCUGUACCUGACAUGAGACCACUGGAUAGUCAUGAUAAAAUACUGGCAGCUGAGCUGAGCACCUGUGAUAAUCCAGAACAUUCUGCAGAUUCCAUUCCUUUCAUUCUACAUCAGUUUUUCCUGACACAAUGCGAGGAUCUACUGCUGCUGAAGAAGAUGCACUUGUCACGGUGGAGUAGGUUCUGUAGGCACGGUGUGGUUGUUACAGACCUUCACCAGGUAUUCCAGGACCGAGUCAGGGAGAUAAUGGAGCAGUAUAAAGAUUUCUGGCACCGUGCCCACAGACUUGAACCCGCCCACAGAGCCUAUCUGGGCGGCAAACCCGCUCCAAUCCACCUGGUCACUAACGAGGACAUGUGUUUGUAUCUCAACUGGAUGUGCUGGAAAUUCAGCUCAACUGAGAAGAUCAACAAUUAUCUCAUGGUGAUAUCUCACAUUGUGUCGCUCCACAAAUCCAGAAUAGCUAUCCCUGAUACUUUGGAGGAGGACACCACAGCCUUCAAAUGGGAGAAGUGGUUAAACGACCCAAAAGACGAGGUGUAUUACACUUCCGGUUGGAGAAGAAGGGACAAGUUGAACAAGCUGCCCGAGACUUCGCAGAGUAGGAUCAGCUCCAGGUUCAAUAAACAGAGCAGUAGUUCUAGUACUGAACCUCAGGAGUCCAAAGCUUUGAUAAACGCACGGGCAAGGAAGCAAUGGAUGAAGAAAUGGACUAAGAAGAUCAAUCCCCCAAGCUUUUGUAACGUUGAUAAUAGGAGAAGACGAAGAAACACAACAGCUAUGCUCGGCCUAGGCGUAGUAUCGGCAGAAGCGUGUUUUGAGUCAGGACGAGAGGACUAUGGAAUGCCAGUAGCUUCCGCGAGACUGGACACUUACAAACAUAGACUGCAGAACUUACUAGACUCUUACGCUAUAUCAAUCGACCUAGAGGCCCUGAGUCCAGCAGAUGAGUUAGAACUGUACUACCAAGCUCACAGACGUCUCAAAAACAUACUCUCCAAACAAACCCAGAUGAUGAGGUUCCCUGUGACGGGUUCUCUUUCUGAGGACGAUAUAGACCCGACUCUCGUAAUGAACACAUUCCUGAAGCCGUCAUCCUGGGAACCCCACCGCCAACUAUACCCUAAACUAGACGCAGCUCGACAAGCUGCUAUAUCUCAUAUUAAACAGAGGAACACUGUAGAUGAGCUGCUGAAAAGUUCUGCUGCUUUUCUUGAAAAUGAUAGCUUGCAGGACGUUUCUAAGUCACUGAAGAACUACGUUGCAAACUUGAAGGAGUUGCCAGGUCCAGUACGACCGCACUCUGUAGCCUCUCAUCCUGCUGGCAAAGACACCCAAGCUAUGUGGAAACGGAUCCAUCUUGGAGACAGCCAGAAUGACGACGCAGAUGACAAAGACUCGAUAAGCGAUGUGAACGGUGAAGAUGACGGUGUAUUGGGAGCCUUAUCAGGAAGAGGGCCCCAGUCUAAUGGUGUCCACGGUGCUUUCUCUUUCACCCCCGGAAACUUGGGAUUUGGGCACACUGGUAAAACAUCUAGUGGUAAAGAUGCCCAUAUGGCUUAUCUCAUGUUGAGACAUCUCAAGUUACGGCAUAUACGACGAUCGUGUCUGGGUAUAAUAAACUACUUCAAGUCUGUUGAGCGAACAAUAAAUCUGGACUUAGUGGGUAACUGGGAUAAGAAGAAAGACGGCGACGUUGGACGAUCUGAUUCCUCUUUCCUCCACAACACUCGAAUAGAGCACAUUCAGAAGAUGUACGAAUACUUCGAGAGUGGGGAUAUAGAAAAUGUGGAUGAUUUCUACACGGAGGACGAUGGUAUAACACACGCUCAGGACAGUUCUGGAUUCUUUGUAAUGUACCAAUCUGCUCUGGACCAACUCAAAGAAUUGGAAGAUGAGUUGCUGCUGGUCUGUACUCACUACAUUUCCAAAGACAAAGACAACAGAUUUUCAGAUGAUGAGUCCCAGAACCCAUUACCCAGACGGAACUCUGCUUUCACUACUUCAAAACUACUGAAACACCCACCGUUAGUAGUAGAUCUGGUUGCCUACUCACACGUGCAGAUUGAUAGAACCGCGGUACUUUUGGACAUCUGGAGCCAGGAAAUCGCCUUCCAGAAAAACAAGAAAAAGUUGAUAGAUUGCUACAUGGAAAUUUACAACCACGUUUGGUCGUUGGAAGAAAAGAGAAAAUUGGCCCAGGUGAUGGUGUCUGUAAUGUACAGAAGACCAAGAUAUGACGUGGAAGCCCCAUAUUUUAUCAGAACAUACAUCAACGAAAGUCAGAUUAUGGCUCAGUGGACCGCACUAACUCAAGAAAUGGCUAACAUGACGUUUGAUACAGAACGUGCGUUCGGAGACAGUAUAUCACAACAUGAACUGAACGGCUUGACGGGAGGAUUACCGUUCCAACUGAUUAAGAAACAGCCGAUCUCCGUGACUCACGCGAGCACGACUCUACAAACCAGCUACUUUCUGGAGUUUUGUAACGGUUUGGCUAAGGUAGCAGAUGUGCCCGCUGCUAUUGAUCAUGCUCUACAGGAGUUAGUGUUCGCAGAGCAGCCGGGAACGACCGGCCAGUUACUGUCCCUUCACAGGCAGCUAUUGGAGGCCUGCAAAGUCGAGUGGGUUAAACUGGACACGUGGGGAAACAGCUACUCUCAAACCGUCCACCAUCAGGUGCUGUCCAGCCACGUGACCCACUCUCCCGCCCACCUGCACGUGAUCGCCUCUCAGCACGAGAAGAACAUGGUAGCUCAGCUGAAUACCCAGUCACGCCACCCCUCCCGCUCUGCUAUUCACGCACAGCGGGUCAGCGCCUGGGGCACUGUCAUGGAGAUGCUACUGAUAAAGGAACGGUUGCAACAAACUGUAAUAGAAACGGACCUGCUGAUAAAGCUGUACAAGUCCCAGGCUAGGGAGCUCGGGUUCGAGCAACACCACGCUCACAUCAGACCUGUGGCAUUUGAGAGUGGGACCACUUCUGAGGCCAAGACCACCUUUAGUGGGGACGAUGAUGUAGCUCUGGACAGGGAGAGAUUGCUAGCUUGUGCUGAUAGGUAUGUGCCUAGCAACAACAUUCUGGCGAUACAAGAACUUGAUGAGAAGGACUUGGGAACGAUUGUUUUCCACACCAAGGACAGUAUCAUCAAGAUGUUGAUUUUACACGGACUGAGUAACGUUAGACUGGCUCUGAAGACCCAGCUGGUCCAGAGGAACAACCUGGUUAUAGCUGUGGGUCACAACGCUAUCUGCACACCCGCUCCAGUAAAAAGUUCUAUGCCCGGUUCCGGCCGCCCACCCUCCAGUAAAGCAGUAAAAACCAGCGACUACUUCCUUUCCUUGCAACUUGCCCAGAACGUGAUCCGCGACAACAUGGUAAAAGAUUUCGUGAGAGCGUCAGUGAAGAUCGGGAGAGAAAGAGAGAAGGUGAUAGCUCAGAAGCAGGAGAGUGUUGGUCAGUAUUGUCAGAACUUACACGAUGCCAUGUCAGUGUACUCAUUACGGGUCCAGAUCAACAGGAAUGUUAAGUCACUCAAGACAGCUCUCAACAAGUUUCCAGAGAUCAGGGACGCACACUUCAAGAUUGGAUCUCUGAGCGAUGAGCAUGCUACGGACGACGACAAACCAUUCCUUCCUGUUGAUAAGAACUACUUCAAGGUACGACCCCGGAAGUUGCUAUCAAACGACGGAAGUCAGGUGAUCAACUCAUUCUACAUUCCCCACCAGUUUGAAGUUCUGGGCAUGUUCAAUGAUCUGGAGGCACCGGAGAGGAGAAGUGCUCUACAAACUGUACUCGGUAUCAUGUCAGGUAUACAUGACAUGGUUGCGUACAUGGUGGCCUACGUAAACAUGGGCGCGAGUAAAGCCAAGUUAGGAUCCAACAUGCCCUCCAACGUGGCAGUUGGGGCUGACUGGGGAGGUCCUGAAGCUAUAUCCCACGAGCUGACUGAGAUCCAACUCCAACUCAGCCAUCUGAGCAGCCCUACUGACCCUCAAGAGAUUUUAGAAUAUUUUGAAUGUAAAAGAAAAGUGUUUUUCCUGGAAUUCUACUUCACGAUCUCCCACUGCAUCCCAGAGACAUUCCUUGCCAAAGGAAACGAAAAGGCAUUCUUCGUAAGCAGUGUCCGGGUCUUAGAACAGACAGUGAGAGACGUGAGUGACCUGCCACAGCGAUGUCUCCGGUCUCUCCUCCCCCACACACGAGGCGAGAUGUAUCCUCACCAGGCUGCCACCAUUCUCCCCUACAGAUCGUUUGCGGCUCAACACGGUCCCUUCGUCACUUCUCAGUGGCAGUGCGAACAGAUAUCCUCUCUCCUUACUGUCGGACUGUCCCAACUGAACGAGUUCAACAGAGACGUAGCUAACGGUGAAGUGGUGGGGGUGUCCCUUCUUUUGGAGGACGUGCUACAUCAGGGUCGAGCAAAACAGGACAAACAUUUAGCGACCAACCCUCUGGUGGAACCAACUGAACAUUACAGCAACAUUGUUAAUCCUUUCAGCAAACUUAAAUCUCCUAAAUUGAGAAUGCACGGCUCAGCCUCUGCCUCCUCCUCUAGAGUACAAAGUGCAGUUGGCAGUGUAGUUGCAGGAGAAGACAUUGACAUCAGCUUCCUGAACGACAACUACAUGUCGCUAGUCGACCAGGAGCCACUUCUUCAAGACGAGAUCAACUAUUUAAAGGAACCUAUCUCCGCCCUGCAGUUCCUGCACGAGUUCCUGUUGAUGUCAGUACGGGUUAAACAGCUAAAAGCAGACUGGUCCUGCCGGUAUCUGAACCUGCCCCGAGUAUCAGAUUCUAAACAGUACCACACAGUGGAGCUAGCCUACCUUCAACAGGUCCUCGAACCGGCCCUCAACCUUGUCUCCCAUGUCAUCAGGACUAAAGGUUUCUCAGAAGAGGGAGUCCGUGAUAUGAGUCCGGACAGGAAGUUGGGGCUGUUAUCAGAGUACGACGCUCGAGAGACCCAGCUAGCGGUAAUGUUGGAGAACCUGGAGAGUUUCAUGAUCAGGGAGACCAGUAACCGGAUCGUUCGGGACCUGACCCUCAUCAAGGCGGAGAAGCUCCGAGAAGAUGGUAGUCUACCGCUGGAUCUGUGGAAGACUCAGUCAGCUAAAGAUACUAUCUCCCUCCCUAGAUCUGAUAUAAUCCAACACUUUGCUAACCAGCUCCUCCACAAAGCAGAGCUCAACGAGGAUGCACAGACUUUCACUAUCGACAAGGACUGGGUGGAAGAAUGUCUGAACAACCUCGGAAGCACCUUCAUGCAGCACGAGAAACUGAACUUCCAAACUUACUCUAGUUUUUACGAGAACCUCCUCAGACACAAGGAACAGACCAUCGUAUUGAAGGAGAGGGAGGUGACACAGUCGGAGCAGGAGCUGGCACUCUGCAAGAACAUGACGGACACAAGUCUACAAACUAUCCUAGCUGAGAGGGUGGACGAGCUGAUCAUUGAGCUGACUGCUCUGAGAGCUAAGAUUAGUGAGAUGAGGGAGGAGAGCUCGUAUCUGGAAGGAAACAUGAGGGGUAAACUUAGAACAGAGUAUAACGAGCUUGUUCACAACAUGUUCAGUACUUGUGAUACUCUCCGACACAGAUUCGACGAGUUCAGAGAGCAGCUAGUUCAGGAAUGCCGGGACAAUGUUAAGAAUGUGAAAAUGUCAGCGAUAGACAAGAUGAGAGUGGUAAGAAGACAGACUAUGAACGGUACUGAAGACAGACUAGAAGAGUACGCUUCCCAUGCUAAAAAUAUGGGGGAUCUCGAGGAAGAGAACAGUGAUUUGAACAAAUUAUUGUACAAACUGAGAACAAUCUCGACCUGGAAGAAAGCAGGAAUGAGAACGUGUUACUCUAAGAAAGAAGGAGCAUUGCGAGAUCAGCUUGUAAAAUCAGAGCGAGAAAAGCUGGAACUUCAGCUGAAACACGAGCAAGAUCUGGUUAAUUUGAGGCAGGAUAAUGAGGCCAAGAAAACCGCUGCUCUUAGUACUGAACGGGAAAUCAAAGCUUUGAAAAAGCAAUUAGAUGACAAGAAAAGAGAAUCAGAACGCAAGGUAGAAUUACUGAACAAAGAAAUAGAGAAUCUAAGAGUUGAGGCUAGAAAACCUGCCAACUAUGAUAUGAUAAUUGGCGAACUGGCUACCAAGGAACAGAAAUUACGGGUACUUGAAAGUGAGCAGGUGUACAACGACAGAAUACACGACCAGGAGAGCAGCAAAAGAGAGAAACUGAUCAAGAAGAUCAACUACCAGCUCAACAAAGCUACUUCUCUCAAAAAGGAGGCCUUCACCAGGGUGGAGGAACUUACUGAUCAGUUGAACGACUACGACUCAGUGAUGAUGUCCCCGAGUCCUGCACCCUUCACUCCUCGACCCAACACAACCAUGGGAGGCAGAUCAAGACGCCUCAACACUACCUCCACUGACAGCAAAAGACUUUCCAGACCUAAAAGUACCGGACUCUUAGUAAAACGAUCUGUUAUUCACGGAGGGCAAAUCUAAAUUGAGUACUUCUUUAUAGUGUUUAUAUUUACAGAAUUUAUAUGUACACUUCAAUCCCAUACCGAUAUCACUGCUUCAAUGUAUAUAAUAU